AUGGAGGUGGGGCUUGUUGGGUUGCUGAGAACAGCUUGGAUUGCAUCCAUACUGCCUACACUCUUAGCUUCUGUACCCUGUUCAGGGCUGAACUCUUUUUAUGAACGUCUUAUGGUAUUUGCCAAGCGAGGGAAAAUCAUGCAAUCUUCCUCGCAGAAAUUCUCAGUUCCUCAGAAGUUCUUCAGUUAUUUCUACAUAGCGGCUAUUGUGUGGACAACUUUACUUCUUGUUACGACUUGGAUGUAUGCAUGUAAUGUGGUGCCAUUCGAGAAUCACUCUACUGGAGGUUCACAUAUCAUUAGUGUUUGGCGUUCAGUGUUUCUGCUUUUAUUGAUGGAAGUUCAGGUCCUGAGGCGCCUCUUUGAGACACUAUACGUAUUCAACUAUAGCUCCUCAGCUAGGAUGCACAUUUUAGGAUAUCUGACUAGCUACAUUUUCUACACAGUUGCACCCUUAUCACUUUGCUGCAACCACGCUCUUGAGGUCUAUAAAUUUUCUCUAAAUGGAGUGGCUGACUUCCUUUUCAAAGGCAAUACUAGUAUGCUAGAAUAUGAUCGAUUGGAAUUCAUGAGUCCUCUUUUGAAACUUGGCUGGCUCCAAUGGACUGGUGCAGCUAUAUUCUUUUGGGGUUGGAUCUACCAGCGCAAUUGUCAUAAAAUUCUUGGCUCAUUACGGAAAAACAGAGAACAAAAUGAUGCAUAUAUGAUCCCUUAUGGUGAUUGGUUUGAAAUUGUUUCAUCUCCACACUAUCUUGCUGAGAUUGUUAUAUAUGUUGGUUUUGUGGUCGCUAGUGGAGGAGUAGACCUCACAAUCUGGUUACUACUGGGAUUCGUGGUGUCUAACUUAACGUUUACAGCAGCGAUUACACAUAGGUGGUACCAUUGGAAAUUCGAAAAUUACCCCAGCAAUCGGUAUGCCAUUAUUCCACUUGUAUACUAA